CAUUCACUCAGUCACACGCUCACAGUCAUACCGUGGGCUGAACACACACACACACACACACAUAUACGCUGCUGGUGAACAUUCAGCCAGCGUUCUUCUCUCUCUCUCCCUCCCUAUCUCUCUCUCUCUCUAACACACAUUCACACUUUAUCUCUCACACACACCCAAUCACACAGCCUGACUCCGAGCCACCCAAAGUGGCAUUGCACGAGGAAGAGAAAUAAAUGUUAGAGCACAAAGAGGAAGGAAAGUGAGGGAUGGAAUACAGAAGGAAGACGUAAAUCUGAAGACGAGAGCUCCGAGAGAGUGCGAGCACGAAGAGGCUACAGCGGGGACAUACCUCACAUCCGAGAACCCUCAGAAAACUGGAGUGAAGAUCUGAAGCAGUGGCAGUCGACAGCUGUUGUGUAUCAGCGUGUGUGUGCCCACCCGCUGUGUGUGUGUCCUCUUUCCCACUGCUGUGUGUUUGUGUUUGUGUCUCCUUGCUGCCCUUGACCUGACUGAAGUGUCACCAUGUUCUGGACUCUUCUCCUGGCAUUGAUCCUAUUGCUGGUGCUCCAGGCCCAGCUGUACGUGUGCCUUCGGGAGCUCAGAUCUUCCACCAUCCCUGUGAUCUCUGUGAACCCAAAUGAGACCACCAACAGCAGCACCUCACGACGCAUACCUGGUGCCAUCAUCAUCGGGGUACGCAAGGGCGGCACCAGAGCCCUGCUGGAGAUGCUGAACCUUCACCCAGAUGUGGAGGUGGCCAAGGCCGAAGUGCAUUACUUCAACAUGGAUGAAAACUUCCAGAAGGGUUUGGACUGGUAUCGUGCGCAGAUGCCUCUCACCCUUGCCGGGCAGGUGACCGUGGAAAAGACUCCAGGUUAUUUCACAGCACCAGUGGUUCCAGCUAGAAUGUGGUCCGUGAAUCCGGCAGUGAAGCUUCUUCUGAUCGUCCGCGACCCGGCCGAGAGGCUUGUCUCGGACUACACGCAGGUUCUACACAACCGCAUCCAGCAGAACAAGCCAUACCAGCCUCUGGAGGAAUUGCUCCUACGCCGAGGACAUAUCAACCCCAACUACAAGGCCCUCCAAAGAAGCCUUUACCACCAACAUCUGGCCAGGUGGCUGGCACUUUUCCCCAGGGAGCAGAUCCACAUUGUUGAUGGAGAAGCGUUAAUCCGGGACCCAUUCCCAGAACUCCAGAAAGCAGAGAAAUUCCUGGAACUUCCACCGCGGAUAAUGCCAGACAACUUCUACUUCAACACCACUAAAGGGUUUUACUGCCUGCUUUCUGCAGGACACGACAAGUGCCUGGAUGAAUCGAAAGGAAGGCCGCACGCACCUCUCAGCAACGAGGCUUUCCAAAAGCUCUGUCGAUUCCUCAGGUUGCCCAAUCAGAUCUUUUUCAGGAUGACGGGCCAGAACUUUGACUGGUGCUGAUAAAAGUUUUCGAAACUUGCCAUGAAACUUGCCAUCCUGCCUGCUCAGAACUCUACACGCUAUUUGUUAUGUGACUGAGAUUUGAUUAACAUCUGGGUUAAUUCCAAGCAAGUCCAAGAACUGAGCUGAACAAGACAAAUAACAAGAGCACAAACGUGGAAAACUGGAAGACUGUACUCCUUGCUCGAAGGUUCCUCCUGGUGUUGGUUAUGCAGAACUGCAACAAACCUGAUCUUCAAAUUCAGGGCUCUGGAUUAAUGGACUCAGGCUGUAGAUCAGGGUUUAUGAAUCUUAUCCACAGACGAGCUGCUUGGUUUUUAAUGAAAACCAGCAGCUACUCCGGCACUUUGUGGAUAUGAUUGUUGAGCCCUACUGUAUGUUAAAAACGUUAAUACAUAAAAUUGUAAAUAAAAUAAAAAAACAGCUGCUGAGGGAUAUAUGAGUAAAAUAUGGGAGUACUCACAUUUCCAACCAGACAAACAUCAUGUAGCUUGUAAUUUGGUGUACUUUACAAAGGUUUGUACAAGUGUAUGACUGAGCUCCAUCAUCGUUCUAGUAAAUAGCUGGAUUUUUCAUUAUUUGCCAUUUGUAUAAUGAAUCUGUACGGUCUAGCGUUUUGAUUAGAAGCUUCUAUUUUAAACCCUUUAAAACAAUAUGUUCUGUCUGAAUACAACACAUAUCAUACAAUACAGAUGUGCACAAUCAUCAUUUAGGAUUCAAAAUGAAAUGCUCAUAGUAAUAUCGUUUCAUAUCAUUCAGUUCCUUUCAAGAGCUAAUCAUUUUCCCAAACCAAAUCACCCUGAUUUUUCUUUCUCAAGAAGCGAUAGGGAUAUGUUAGGCAGCAAGUGAACAUUUUGUCCUCAAAGUUGAUGUGUUAGAAGCAGGAAAAAUGGGCAAGCGUAAGGACAAGGGGCAAAUUGUGACUGGAUCAGAGCAUCUCCAAAACUGCAGCUCUUGUGGGAUGUUUCCGGUCUGCAGUGGACAGUAUCUAUCAAAAGUUGCGAGGUGGGGCCCAGUUUUAGAGAUGCUCUAAUCCAGUCAUCUAGCCAUCACAAUUUAGCCUUUGUCAAACUCACUCAAAACACUUGCCUGUGUCAUAGGCCCCACCUCGCAACUUACUCGACGUAAAGGAUCUGCCACUAACAUCUUGGUGCCAGAUACCACAGCAUAUGUUCAGGGAUCUAGUGGAGUCCAUGCUUCGAAGGGUCAGGGCUGUUUUGAAAGCAAAAAGGGGGCCAACACAAUAUUAGGCAGAUGGUCAUAGUGCUAUGCCUGAUCAGUGAGUAAUUAUGAAAAUGAUAAUGUCAAAUCACCAGGAAAUGACAGAUUUUGUCUCAAAAUCUCCUGUCAAGUGUAAAGGACCAUCUCUUCCAGUCCAGUUCAUACUUACUAUCAGUGAUCAUACAUUCAUCUUCAGUAACCACUGUGGCUUUAGAGCUUAUCCCAGGAACACUGAGUGCACUUCAUGAGCUGUGAGGUGGUGAACCCUAACCACUCUACCACCGGAGGAGGCAUCAAUCCAUCACAGGGCAUGUUAGACACACUUUUAAUUAUAUCGCACUUCAACAAGUCAAUUGUCGCAAAACUAUUAACAAAAAUCCCUGCGUAAUUAUAGAGCGCUACUGAGCAAGCCACAGGCAACAGGAGCAAGAGAGGAAAAAGUGCUAAUUAACUAUGUAAAGAACAAUACAAUCUCAAGAGCAGUCAGAACCUUUUACAGCAACCAAACUCGUUUUCUCUU